UUCUCCUCUUCUCUGGCUUCCUCCCUCUUUAGCCUCUUUCCCUCUCACACCCUUUCCCUCCUCCAUUCCCCCCCCCCCCCCGCCCCCAUGGCGGCUGCGUCAGGCAGGUGGGGGCCUGACGCGCCGGGUCUGGGCGGGAGCUGUCCACUCGCCCGGGGUGCUGAAUGCAGCAGCAGCGGCCUCGGCGGCUGCGGCGGCCAAGACAGCUGAGAGCUCUCUUCGCUCCGAGCACAUUGUUUCCAGUCCUCGGACGCUCAACUCAGAGCCCACGCCACCUCCCUUCCAGCACCACCCCUUUGGGGACUGAGCCAAGGGGGCAGCAUUCGCGGCGGCGGGUGCCGAGCAACGGCGGAAGACGAGACAACACCUGGCAGCAGCCUGGAAUCGGAUUUGCUUCCUCUCGCCUUUUAUAAGAGAUAUAUUUAUACACGGUUUCGGGGAGUCGCGAAAACCAAGCCGGAGCCAAGUGCUGACUGCCUCUCACCUCGGCCACACUGCUUCGUUUCCCUUUGCCCACCUUCAGCUGGCCCCGCAAACAACCCUUACCUCGUUGCAUCUGCGAGAAGAGCCGCCCCCACCCCUGCGCCUGCCUCGCCUCUGGUUGCAUGGCCGCGCUGCCCUGGUGCGGGGGCGCAGGGCCAGCCCCCCGGGGAGGAGGAGGAGGCGGAGGAGGAUCAUGAAGCCUGAAGUCGUGGCCGCGCCGGACGGCGAGCAGCAGCCCGAGGACGAGCCAGAGCAGCCCCCGCCCCGGAGACGCCCGGACGUCGUCGACCAGCAGCCGCCACCGCCUCCCCAGAAGCAGCAUCGCCGGCCGCGGGCAGACCUGGAGCCCGACGGCGAGGGUGACCACCGCCCCGCGGAGGAAGAGGAGCAGAACACGAGGCCACUCACCCACCCGGACCUGCCCUUCUCCUGGCCCUUGGCCCUCGCCGGAAGGGACCUUUGAUGGGGCCAAGGGGAGGGGGCCUUGGAUUUACAGACUGCCGCAGGGGUGGACUGGGGGCUGAGGUCAUGUAACUGCUCCUUCCUUCGGUCCCUUCUUACACGCCCCUCGUCUCUACUCCUUCUCUCUGCUCCACUGCCUCCCGCCCCCGUACACACCCUUCUUCCAGCCAGGGUCUUAAUGCUCAGGAAGAAGGCGUUCUGCAAGGGUUAAGAGAUCUUUUCUUUUCUUCCCCUUUUCCCCUUUCCCACUCCCUUAUUUUCCCACCUCUGUUCUCCUAAUUGGCUUUCCCCCUUCCUGUGCAGUCCUUUGGCUGCAGAAGCAAAGCACAAGCUCCUGGCCCAGGUUCACCUGCAAUCCCUCCCCUGACUCCAACCACUCUCUUAAAAGCAACGCUGGUGCUCCUGGGGUUGAUUGCCUCCGUUUUCUGUCCAGAGAUUUAAAAAUUAGUCCCAACCUCCUUCUUUCCCAUCUUACCCCCUACUCCCCCCACCCCCCCACCAACACACACACAAACCAAUCUCUUGCUACCUGAGGAAAAACAAUCUUUUCUCUCUCCCACAUGCCGGCCCUCAAUUCUUCACUGAGCUAGUUUGCCCCAGUUACAGCUCAAUUCACUCUAAAUUUGAUUUAAAAUCAUACCCACGUUUUUAUAUACAAGAAAAAAGAUUUCCCACUGCCCAGGAAUUUGAAAACAACCUAAUAACCCUCUCCUGGGGAAUUUCAUAACAAUUAGACUUUUAUCCCAAGGCCCUAACAGCCUAUCCUCAACAUCUUUUAUUUCCCUGCUCCUACCAGUGCCCUCAGGUCAUAGGCACAGAGGAGGCACCCUGAGCAAAGCCUAAGGUUGGGGUGAGGUAGGCGCGAAGGGCAAGACAAACUUUUUUUGUUGUUGGAUUUUCCAGGUAAAGUUCAGAAUCAGUGACUUGCAGUCAUAAGUCCUGAGGGUAAUUUAUUUGCUACUUGGUGGGGGUAUUAGAGGAGCCAGUGAGAAAGCAGACUCCUGCGUAACACAGCUACACUGUGGACCCCCCAAAAUCAUUCUAUCUUCGGCAAAGACUCCAGCCGCCCCUCCCGGGUUCUCUGCUUCCACUGGGCACAUGCUGAUGCCCCUGAGCGGGCUGCUCUGGUGGUGGUGCUGCUGCUACUGCUGUGCCUGGUACCGCUGUGGACUGUGCACCCCGGCUCCCCAGAUGUUGCGCCACCAGGGUCUCCUCAAGUGCCGCUGCCGCAUGCUCUUCAAUGACCUGAAGGUUUUCCUACUGCGGCGCCCCCCUCCAGCGCCCCUGCCCAUGCACGGCGACCCCCAGCCCCCUGGUUUGACAGCCAACAACAACACCCUUCCAGCUCUUGGUGCCGGAGGGUGGACAGGCUGGAGGGGCCCUAGAGAAGGGGUGGGCAGGGAGACCCCUCCUCUGCCACCUCCACCACUUUUGCCACCGUCUUCUGUGGAAGAUGACUGGGGUGGCCCAGCCACAGAGCCACCUGCCUCGCUGCUCAGCAGUGCCUCCUCAGAUGACUUCUGUAAGGGGAAGGCUGAGGAUCGCUACUCACUGGGCAGCAGUCUGGACAGUGGCAUGAGGACCCCACUGUGCCGCAUCUGCUUCCAGGGGCCAGAACAGGGGGAGCUGCUGAGCCCGUGCCGCUGCGACGGCUCUGUCAAGUGUACCCAUCAGCCUUGCCUCAUCAAGUGGAUCAGCGAACGGGGCUGCUGGAGCUGUGAGCUAUGCUACUACAAGUACCACGUCAUUGCCAUAAGCACAAAGAAUCCUCUGCAGUGGCAGGCCAUCUCUCUGACAGUCAUUGAGAAGGUUCAGAUUGCAGCUGCCAUCCUGGGUUCCCUUUUCCUCAUUGCCAGCAUCUCUUGGCUCAUCUGGUCGACCUUCAGUCCCUCAGCAAAAUGGCAGCGCCAAGACCUCCUCUUCCAGAUCUGCUAUGGGAUGUAUGGAUUCAUGGACGUGGUGUGCAUAGGUCUCAUCAUCCACGAGGGACCCUCUGUGUACCGCAUCUUUAAACGGUGGCAGGCUGUCAACCAGCAGUGGAAAGUGCUGAACUAUGACAAGACAAAAGACCUGGAGGAUCAAAAGUCAGGAGGCAGGACAAACCCCCGAACCUCCUCAUCCACCCAGGCCAAUGCCCUCUCCUCAGAAGAGCAGGCUGUGGACACCCCUGCCCUUGAGGAAGGCCCUACCCGGUCAGCCAGCCAGCCCUCAGGCCCUGUGUCCGAUCACCACUGUGCUUACACCAUCCUGCACAUCUUGAGUCACUUAAGACCUCAUGAGCAGCGGAGCCCCCAGGGCGGCAGCAGAGAGCUCGUCAUGAGGGUCACGACAGUGUGAGAGGAGAGACCUGGAAACGAGGCUGUGACCCUGCACAGGAGGGGAGGGGAGGCUUGGAAGGGGCUGGGCCCACUGGGAUGCGGGUCUGGGGAGCAGGUGGGGGGAGGCAAGGUUACUCCCCAGGGGCUGGAACAGAGGGUAGGCAGAGGGUGGGGAGCCUUGAGGGGUCUGGGGGCAGGACUGGAGCUGGAGUGAGUGAGGCUGGUGCGGUUUUGUGGUUUCCAGUCAGUCAAUACCAUUCUCCAACAAGAGCAAGGAAAACCAAUGCAAACUCGACAACGAAGUGCAAUACAGACUGAGCCUAUCAAAACACAGCGACAACAUCGGCCAGAUGUCCCCAUGCACAAAACACCUGGGAGAGUGCAGGCUGCAGGAGGUGGAGCUGGCCUAGGAGUGGUGCCCACAUGUGCAUGUGUGAAGGGAGAGAAAAGGCAAAGGGCGAGGGAACGAAAAGCACUGGUGGCCUGCCCUGCUUUACCCUUGAGUUUGUUUGGGUUUCUCUCUGCCAUGAUCCACUGGCAGUUGGGGGGGAGGGAGAGGGACGGGUGUGGGCUGGCAGGGAUGACACAAAGAUUUUGCAGCCCCUGGCUCACCUGAUGGGCAGGAUUUCUAACUCAGAUGGCUUCAGUGACUCUGGGUGGACGGAGGAAGGAGGGACAUGUUGGUAUGAGCGGCCAGAGGUUGUGGGGUGGAGGGGGUGGAUUCCUCCCUUCCAGACCUUCCAAACGGGAGCUCCCAAUUUCAGGUGGGCUCCAAGAGGGCUUAGGUUGGGAGAUGGGUGUCUUUUUGUGCCCUUGUUACUUUAUUUUAUGGUUAUUUGGCUCAAAAUGUUUACAGGACACACACACACACACACACACACACACACACACACACACACAACUAGAGAAAAGUACAGAUUUCCCCUGGGUGUCUCAAGUACAGUGCUGCUGCUGUGGCUUCAGCCUUCCAAGCUGUCAAUCCAGGAGCGACUGUCCCUCCUGCCCACCCCCACCCACGGCCAGGACACGCUCAGUGCCAUGCCCCUCCAGGCUCGGCACACGCUGAGAGCCACUGGAUGAGUCCCGGGGAGCGGGGUGGAGACCAGUCUAAGUGUUCCCUGCUGCUGUUCGGCCAGGCCCUCGGCGCUAGUGCUCCCUGGCCCUUCCCCAGGGCCGAGGCAGUGCCAGGGACCCCGGCGGGGAGCACUGUCCCUCAGGCCUGCCUGCUGGUUCCCGGGACCCUGCCAGAGAAGGCCACUGGGUGGUCACCUGCAGAGUUUCCUGUUGUCAUUGCACAAUGGCUGCGUCGUCCAUGGGUAUUCAAGGGACACUGUCAAGUACUUUUUUAAACCAGUUUUUAGGGUUUUUUAAAACUCUCUGUUGUUUGUAUUAUUCUCUUAAAAGCUUGAAAAUAAAAUUUCUUUCCCAACCA